GAUUUUGUGCUGGAAAGGAAGAAGUGUACUCUGAAGUCUAGUCUGUUCUGCAAAGUCAUGAAGUGUCUCGUGAUAGUGAUUAUUCUGGUGUGUGGAAGUAAAUUCUCAGGAGGAAGUGUUAUAGGGAGGCAUGAACAAUUUGUAAAUCCUGAAUUAUGGCCUUCUGAGAUAAAUAAUCCAGAUGGUGCAGUGAUACCGGACUGGCCUCCUACAAGUGAAGCACCUCCUGGUGGGAAUACAACUCAAAAUCCCAUCAUACCAGAUUGGCCGCCUACGAGUGAUGCUCCUGGGACUCCUGCACCGCCUACAACUACAACAACUGGAGUUAUUCCUGACUGGCCUCCUACAAGCGAGGCUCCAGGAACCACACCACCUCCUACAACAACAACAACUACAGGAAUUAUUCCGGACUGGCCACCAACUAGUGAAGCUCCAGGAACGCCUCCUCCAGGGACUACAACGACGACGACAACGACAACAACAACGACGACAACUACAACAACUACCCCAACGACAACUACGGGGAUUAUUCCAGACUGGCCGCCAACAAGUGAACCUCCUGGUUCUCCAACACCUCCGCCACAAACUACAACUCCCCCAUUUCCUCCAACAACUACUGGUCUCUCCACAACUCCAACAACUCCUGCACCUCCAACAACAACGACAGUUUCAACGGAUCCCACAUCACCAACUUUCCCAGAUCCUCUUCCUGACUCAACCACACAAAUGACACUCACUCCACCAACCCAAGGUUCUCCCUUGCAAUCCAAAACAUAAAAUUCCUGCACUUAGAAAUUCCUUAAAAAUAUUUAAUUGUAUUUUUUUCAUACAAAUAAAUUCCACUUAAUUUAAGGUGGCAGUUGGUUUUUUUGAAA